CGACCGCCGUGGAGACCAAGCUGGGCAAGAACAGGACAGAGGCAGAGGUGAAGCGCUUCACAGAGGAGAAGGAGAGGCUGGAGAAGGAGAAGGAUGAAAUCCGGGGCCAGCUCACCCAGCUGCGCAAGGAGAGGCGGGAGCUGAAGGAAAUGCUCGGGGGCAGCACAGACAAGAGCCUGGAGCAGAGGCUGAAGGAGAUAGAAGAAGAAUGCAAAAGGAAGGAGAGCCGGAGAGUGGACCUGGAGCUGAGCCUGGUGGAGGUGAAGGAGAACCUGAAGAAGGCAGAGUCCGGCCCCGUGACGCUGGGCACGGCGGUGGACACCACACACCUGGAGAACGCAGCCCCUCGGAUUCAGGCAAAAAUUGCCACUCCAGCAAACAGUGCCGAGAACUCACCAGUCAAUUCAGCAACAGCUUUAAAAAACCGGCCCCUAUCCGUCAUGGUGACAGGGAAGGGAACAGUGCUACAGAAAGCAAAGGAAUGGGAGAAGAAGGGAGCUAGUUAGAACCACGCUUUUCAGAGAUGGACUAAAGACUGGAAUUGGCCGUGCAUGGCCAAGGGGAUUCAAUCAUCUGUAGGUGGAGGUUGGGUGUGCACCACAACCCACACCAAGAGCCUCCUCCACCCUGCACCAACUGCUCAGAUGCAGCAAUGGAGUCAGCAGCUGCUGAGACGAGUUAUCCCAAAUGACCUCGCUCUUUCCAGACAAGUCCCAAUCAUGUAGCUACAACAAUAACCACCAGUGGCAAUCCUUGCAUCAAAUUCCUAACCCAGUUGAUGUAAACAAGAAUGUUACUGUACAUAGGAGUGUUUCUGUGUAUUUCUACUCUGAAGGUUUAUCAAUG